AAAGUGUCUUUAGCACAAAGUUAUGCUCCCGUAUGGAUAAGCCUUUAGUUGGUGGCAGGGCAAGGUCCAGGAGGUGGUUGAGUGAGAGAGAUUAUGCUUGCUGGCUGAGAGUGAGAGUUGCACUUGGUUUGAUGUGCAAAGAUCAAGUGCCCUCUGCCUCCCUCCCCGCCUCCCUUACCAGCAGAGAGACCAUCUUACGGAUAAAAAGAAUUAUUCUGCUACCUCUGAUGUGGGGAGUCACCUUCCUACUGGCUGCCCUGUUGCCGAUUGCAAAGGCUACCGAUGCCUCUCUGGAUGGAACACUGGACUCUCAGUGGGAACUCUGGAAGAAAACCCACAAGAAAGAAUAUAACGGCAAGAUGGAUGAGGUCUCCAGAAGACUUGUAUGGGAGAAGAACCUUAAAUACAUCAACACCCAUAACUUGGAAUUUUCCCUAGGAAGGCACACAUUUGAAUUGGCUAUGAACCACCUGGGAGAUAUGACCGGUGAACAGGUUGUUCAGAAGAUGACAGGGCUCAAAGUCCCUCCAUCACGUAAGCCCAGUAAUGACACCCUGUAUAUCCCGGACUGGGAAAAGAGGGUCCCUGACGAAAUGGAUUACAGAAAGAAAGGCUACGUGACCCCUGUCAAAAAUCAGGGCCAAUGUGGGUCCUGCUGGGCUUUCAGCUCUGUGGGGGCCUUGGAGGGGCAACUCAAGAAGAAGACUGGCAAGGUGCUAAACCUCAGCCCACAGAACCUAGUGGACUGUGUCACCAAAAACGACGGCUGCGGGGGUGGCUACAUGACCAAUGCCUUUGAGUAUGUGCAGGAGAACCGAGGCAUCGAUUCGGACGAUUCCUACCCGUACAUCGGCCAGGAUGAAAACUGCAUGUACAACCCAACCGGUAAAGCUGCCAAGUGCCGUGGUUACCGGGAGGUCCCCAAAGGGAACGAGAGAGCCCUGAAAAGAGCCGUGGCCCGGAUAGGCCCCAUCGCCGUGGGCAUCGAUGCCAGUUUGUCCUCUUUCCAGUUCUACAGCCGAGGAGUGUAUUAUGACGAGAAUUGCAAUGCUGAGAACAUCAACCACGCUGUCCUGGCUGUGGGCUACGGGACCCAAAAGGGAACCAAGCACUGGAUCAUCAAAAACAGCUGGGGGGAAGAGUGGGGUGACAAGGGCUAUGUCCUGAUGGCCCGGAAUAUGGACAACGCCUGCGGGAUUGCCAACCUGGCCAGCUUCCCGAAGAUGUGACUCCCCCACAUCGCUGUGCCAGGCCACACCAGUUCUGGGCCACGUGUCGGCAAAUGGCUGGAUUCCUGAGCUGACCUCUUGGCUCAGGAGCAAAGGACUAGCGUGAAAGCCAUUUUGUGUCGCCAAUAAGUGAUUCUCUGACAGCAUAUUAAAGGGCUUUUCUUUUUUUUACACAAAA